UAAAGAGCGGUCGUGUUGCCACGUCGAAAACAUUAGAAACUGGCAGUUUCAUUGAAAGUGUCAGAGAGGGUUAGGGAGGUAUUGUAAAAGUAUUUUUAUCAACAGCGGGAAGUUAUCGUAACAUUCAGAUAUGGUAUCUGUUAUAAACACCGUCGAUACCUCUCACGAGGACAUGAUCCAUGAUGCUCAGAUGGACUAUUAUGGCACGAGACUCGCCACCUGCUCGUCGGACCGUUCUGUUAAGAUCUUUGAUGUUAAAAAUGGAGGCCAGAUCCUUGUGGCUGAUUUGAGAGGGCACGAAGGUCCGGUUUGGCAAGUGGCCUGGGCUCAUCCCAUGUACGGCAACAUUUUGGCCUCCUGUUCAUACGACAGGAAAGUCAUCAUUUGGAAAGAGGAGAAUGGGACCUGGGAUAAGAUGUAUGAAUAUACAGGCCAUGAGUCCUCAGUAAACUCUGUGUGUUGGGGACCCUAUGACUACGGCUUGAUUUUGGCCUGUGGGAGCUCAGAUGGAGCUAUUUCAUUAAUAACUUCCACUGGAGAUGAGCAAUGGGACAUCAAGAAGAUCAGCAAUGCGCACACUAUUGGCUGUAAUGCAGUGAGUUGGGCUCCAGCUGUUCUCCCCGGUAGUCUCAUUGAUCAGCCCUCGGGACAGAAACCCAACUAUAUCAAGAGAUUUGCGUCUGGCGGUUGCGAUAAUCUGGUCAAGAUUUGGAAAGAGGAGGAUGGCCAAUGGAAAGAGGAUCAGAAACUGGAAGCUCACAGUGAUUGGGUGAGAGAUGUUGGCUGGGCUCCAUCCAUAGGAUUGCCCACAAGCACCAUUGCCAGCUGUUCUCAGGAUGGCAGGGUUUUUAUCUGGACGUGUGAUGACCCCGCGGGAAACACUUGGACUGCCAAGCUUCUACACAAAUUCAACGACGUUGUUUGGCAUGUGAGCUGGUCCAUCACUGGAAACAUCUUGGCUGUGUCAGGAGGCGACAACAAGGUGACACUCUGGAAGGAGUCUGUUGACGGACAGUGGGCUUGCAUCAGUGACGUCAACAAAGGCCAAGGGGCUGUUUCCUCCAUCACAGAGGGGCAGCAGAAUGAGCAGUAAGCCUGGGACAUCAAGACUUCUUUCACCUAGUGCCUCCCUCACCCCUGCCGAGACAAAGGAACGUGAAGUCCAUCAGCGGAGGCUCAAAGACUUUAACACGACAUCUAUGUCUCACUCCACAAAUUUCAUGAAAACAUGGUUACUUGACCAAUCCGAAAUGCCCUUAUAUUUGCCGUAUUCCCUUGAUUUUUUUUUUCUUUUGGAAAGGAGGGCAUAUAUGAAGAGUUAGUUCAGGAGCUGAUGAAGUCGUGUCUGCAAAAAAUCUCUCCUUUUGUAUAUCAAGGCAUCAAUAAAUAACGUUAUGAAUUGCAGACAAAGUAUGUGAUACUUAUUACAGCAACAGUAAGUGACAAUGAAUUUAAAAAAGUAUUUUAAAAGGAAUGUUUCACUGUCUGAAAGAUUAUUGAUACAGCCAAAAUUCAAUCUGUAGUACCCUCUAGCAUCUCUUAUGUUUUUUUUUUGUUGUUGUUGUUUUUUUAAGAUACUAAACCAUUUGUGAUUGACCGUGAAAACAGUAAUUAAAACAUUACGAUUUAUACAUUU